AUGGACGAACCUAUAGUCAAGUUAUCUUUAGAAGAUUGGAGUUAUGAACAACGUGUUGCUAUUGCUAGACUAGCAGCACAAGCACUGACAGAAACAGCCCCACUGUUAGGAGAAGCUUGGUGUGAACAGUGGUGGCAUGAUAUGCUUCAAUAUCUACAAGUCUCUCAGACGGAUCUCGAGUCGCGUAUCAUCACUUGUGCUCAAGCAGUCGAACUAUUGACUUGUGAAACGCGUGAUAUUCGUAUCGAAGUCAUGAUGGACUUGUUGGCACUUGCUUUACAUAUUACACCUACAGCCAUGAAAGAAGACACUCGAAAAAGUCAAGCAAAACAUGUGAUGCUGUAUGACGCGAGAUCCAAGCGCUUUUUAGUCCAACUUGAAAAAUGCUUGAAACUCACUCGGGGCGAUUUAGGCUCCGUAGAGAAAAGUAUUGCUCAACAAAUGUACUAUAGCUUAUUGGAACAACAAGGGGAGCAGGGAAACACAAAAGAAAGCAUGGACACAUCUGCCCGUAAAGCCAUGGUAGAGUCCAAUAAGAAGAAACAAGCACUGAAAUGGUUAGCCACUGGCGCUGGUGUGAUUGGUGGUGGUGCCGUCAUAGCCUUGACAGGUGGUUUAGCCGCUCCUUUACUUGGUUCACUUUUAGCAGGUGCAGGCAUGUCCUUUUUUGCUACAGCAGGAGGAGUAGCACUUGUUACAAGCUUGUUUGGAUUGACAGGUGGUGGAUUGGCUGGAUGGAAAAUGCAUAAACGAAUCAAAGGUGUUGAACAGUUUGAAUUUAAGCAGAUAUUACAUGACCCUGACUUGCCUCCUGUACCUGCGCUUCACUGUACCAUUUGCAUCUCUGGUUUUCUGUUGGACUCAAAAGAUGAAACAAGAACACCUUGGGAAACUGCAUUUGAAAAGAAUAGACUUCAUGAUGAAAUUUUCUGCUUAGAGUAUGAAACAGAUGAACUGUUAAACUUGGGUUAUUCAUUCAAGAAGUUUGUAAGGGAUUCAGCAGUUCGGUAUGCAGGCAUGGAAGUAGCAAAACAAACUGUCUUGAAAGCAUUUUUUGCUGCUGUUUCUUUACCUGCCACUAUUCUAAAAAUGGCAGAUGUGAUUGAUAAUCCAUGGCAAGUAGUCACUAAUCGAUCUCGAACAGCAGGUUCAUUAUUAGCCGAUAUUUUACAAGAAAGAGUGCAAGGAAGUAGACCUUGUAGUUUGGUAUCCUAUAGUUGCGGUUCACUUGUUAUUUGGUACUGUUUGCUUGAACUUAAAAAGAGAGGACUACAUGGACUUGUGGAUCAUGUUGUAUUGAUGGGAGCACCUAUUUCUACUGAAGAAACAGAUGAAUGGGAAAAGGCGCUUGAUGUUGUAUCUGGUAGAUUUAUUAAUUGCUAUACAGAAAAAGAUUGGGUGUUAGCCUUUGUUUAUCGACUACAUUCAUUAGCUACCAAUGUUGCUGGUUUGGAACCAGUCGAGAUAGGUGAUAGAAUUGAAAACAUAAAAGUUGAUAUAGAUGGCCAUACAAAAUAUCCUGAUGCUGUGAAAGAAAUCAUGGACCAAAUCAGACUUGAAUAA